GAGGUUGCCGGGCUGCGAGGGCGGCCCGCUGCGCCCGCGGAUACCGGCGGAGCCCGGGGACGGCGGCUCCGAGCGCGCCCCGCUCCUCCCUGCUGGCCCGAACCGGUCGCGAGCACCGCCGCUCCCGGCCCUCCCCGCUCUCCCCGCAGCACGGCGCUAUGGCUGCCCUGGCGCGGUGGCUCCGCGCUCCGCCGGGCGGGACGCGCUGUUGCCGGGCGCUGUGCGUGGCCGCCGCCGCCGCCCCCCGCGUGCCGCCGCCGCCCCCUCCGCCUCCCCCCGCCCCUCCCGCCGGCUCCCGGCUGCUGGCCGCGGCUCUGGGCGCCGGGGCGGCGACGCUGCUGCUGCUGUGGGCCCGGGAAAGCCGCCGUUCCGCGCUGCACGCCGCCGUGCCCGCCCCGCCCGCGCCGCCCGCGCCGCCGCCCGCCUCGCCCCGCGCCGCCUUCAACUUCAUCGCCGACGUCGUGGAGAAGACGGCGCCCGCCCUGGUCUACGUGGAGAUCGUGGGCAGGCACCCGUUCUCAGGCCGUGAGGUGCCCAUCUCGAACGGCUCGGGAUUCCUGGUGUCUCCCGAUGGGCUCAUUGUGACCAACGCACACGUGGUGGCCAACCGGCGGCGCGUGCGGGUGAAGCUGGCCAGCGGGGAGCAGUACGACGCCGUGGUGCAGGACGUGGACCAGGUCGCAGACAUCGCCACCAUCAAGAUCAAGCCUAAGGUGCGUGCCACGUGGUGCAGGGGCUCCCUUCCUCGCCUGCCUUCUGCUAACCCGGAUCCUCUCUUGCAGCGCCCGCUGCCCACGUUGCCCCUCGGGCGCUCCUCCGAGGUGCGGCAGGGGGAGUUCGUGGUGGCCAUGGGCAGCCCCUUCGCCUUGCAGAACACCAUCACCUCCGGCAUCGUCAGCUCGGCGCAGCGCGGCAGCCGGGAGCUGGGCCUGGCCGCCUCCGACAUGGAGUACAUCCAGACGGACGCCGCUAUCGACUUUGGGAAUUCUGGUGGUCCCCUCGUCAACUUGGAUGGCGAAGUGAUUGGGGUGAACACCAUGAAGGUGACGUCAGGCAUCUCCUUUGCCAUCCCCUCAGACCGGCUGCGGAAGUUCCUGCAGAAGGAGGAACAGCGCAAAAGCUCCUGGUUUGGCAACGCGGAGACGAAGCGCCGUUACAUCGGGGUGAUGAUGCUGACUCUCACACCCAGCAUCCUAGCUGAGCUGAAGCUGCGUGACCCCAGCUUCCCUGAUGUCUCCUAUGGAGUGCUAAUCCACAAAGUGAUCAUCGGCUCCCCGGCCCACCAGGCAGGGCUGAAGGCGGGCGACGUGGUGCUGGAGAUUAACGGGCAGGCGACGCGCCGUGCCGAGGAUGUGUACGAGGCAGUGAGGACUCAGCAGAGCUUGGCCCUGUUGGUGCGGCGCAGCUACGACACCUUGCUGGUGAGCGUCGUCCCUGAGGUCACAGAGUAGCUGUGCUGCACAGCAGGCCGCUGUCUGCUGGCUGACUGCGCCGGCCAGGAGCCGAGGACGCAGGACUGAGGCACAUCUGUGUGCCAUCGGGGAGAGACUGGGAGCUUGCGAGGGCCUGGAGGGGCCAGGCAGGGGGCGAGGCACUGGAGCAGACGCGGUGUGAAACCACUCCCCUCCGUGCGCAAAUAAAGUGCUUUUCUAGGUGC